AUGGAUCCCAAUCUGAACGACCGGCUCGCGGUGGAUCCUGAUGUUCUGGAAGCAUAUCCAGCAUGGCAAGCGAAGCCUGAAUGGAUACUGCCCAGCUGGGGAGAGGCCGUGAUGUUUGUCACCAUCCUGUUUGGAGGCAUGAUCUUGACCAGAAGGCGGAACUACAGCAUAUUCGACAGCAACCGGGGACUCCUCAGAUCCAUACUCGACAAAGAAGCGCCCUCAGAGCAGGAACUGUUGGACUACGACAGCGAUAACGACGAUGAUCGACAGCAGAUCCAGGCUCGAGAUAAGCGGCUACCCAAGACCAGAGACUGUUGUGGACUCUGCACCGUAGAGACACCCAAUUCGUCCCGCUUCAAGAACCACAUCCACAGCCGGGUGUUCCAGAAGUUUCCGUUUCUGGUCGAGAUGUUUUACUGGGUCCUCAACUAUCUCUUCUAUCGGAUGACAACAGUCCUUUCCAAUAAAAUCUUCGCAGGCCAAGGCAUAUGGAUCGUAUCCCAAGACCACGGGCUCACCAUCCUCGAAUUCGAAGAGUUCAGCUGGCUGAGCUUUCUCUUUCCCAUCCGCGAAAGGGGACUCCAGCAAUGGUUCAUGAACGGCCAUCAGGAUCUCCUGACUUUCCUGGACCGCUUCUAUUCGAUUGUACACAUUCCAGCUUCCAUGGGCUUCAUUGUCUGGUACUACUACGCCGCGCCAUCGCAUUCGACUUUCGCCGCGGUCCGCAGAACCAUGACUCUAACCAAUUUCAUGGCUUUCAUGACUUUCAUCUUCUUCCCUGUCAUGCCUCCGCGACUUCUCCCCAAGCAGUACGGCUUCCUCGACACCGUACACAUGGAAGAUGCCGCUUCGCUUUGGCAGAGCGGCAAGCAUGUGAAUUCCCUCGCCGCGAUGCCCUCGAUGCAUUUCGGGUACUCUUUUGCCAUCGGCUGCACCCUCCUCUACCAUUCCGGCCUCUCCCGCACGCGCUUCGAAAAAUACGAAACGCGAAAGAAUACCUUUUGGAAAUGCUUCUACGUCGCACUCGGAGCGAUAUACCCGACCAUGAUUCUGAUUACAAUCAUCGCGACGGCGAAUCACUACUUCUUAGAUGCGCUAGUGGCUUUCUGUUACUGCUGUAUCGCAUUUGCUUGUAACAAGGUCUUUUACGUCCUCUUGCCGUUUGAGGAUCUGUUCCUCUGGUUGAUCCGGGCGGAAAAGCCGAUCCCCAGCACGGGCGAGAGAUUUCAUGCGAGAGGUGGGAGGUUAUGA